CAAGCCGAGCCGAUCAGUCCAAUGUUGGUACACCGUAGGAUCUAAUCGUGCAUUUGUGAAAAAAGAUUAGAUAUAUAAAUACAUAUAUAACAAUACAUAUAUAGAGAUAGGACGACCAUGUCUGUGACUGAACCGAAAAUAAUAGCCGGCUCCGUCGCAGCAGCGGCGUCCGCCGGACUGUCGGCGACCACGGUUUUCCUCUCACUCCUGAUACCCGCCCUCGUCCUGUACUACAUCUACUUCAGGAUCUCCCGUCGACACAUGAUCGAGCUUGCGGCGAAGCUACCGGGCCCCGACGGCCUGCCAUUUAUUGGGAAUGCGCUGAUGUUCCUAGGAAACUCCGACACCAUUUUCCGUAAUAUAUACAGGAAGUCCUUCGAAUUCGACCAGAUCAUCAAAUUAUGGCUCGGGCCGAAGCUGAUAGUCUUUCUCAUGGACCCGCGCGACGUCGAGAUCAUCCUGUCCAGCUACAUCUACCUCGACAAGUCUACCGAGUACCGAUUCUUCAAGCCCUGGCUUGGGAAUGGCCUCCUCAUUUCCACAGGCCAGAAAUGGCGCGCCCAUCGCAAGCUGAUUGCGCCGACAUUCCACUUGAACGUGCUCAAGAGCUUCAUCGACCUCUUCAACGCAAACUCUCGCGCCGUGGUGGAGCGAAUGCGCAAGGAGGGCGGCAAGGAAUUCGACUGCCACGACUACAUGUCCGAGUGCACCGUCGAGAUCCUCCUUGAGACCGCGAUGGGUGUCUCCAAGAACACGCAGGAUCGGAGCGGCUUCGAAUACGCCAUGGCCGUUAUGAAGAUGUGCGACAUUCUGCACCUGCGCCACACAAAGAUCUGGCUGAGACCCGACUGGCUGUUCAAUCUAUCGAAAUACGGCAAGGACCAGAUCCGUCUGCUGGAGAUCAUCCACGGGCUCACGAAGAAGGUGAUCGCGCGCAAGAAGCAGGAUUACAAGAGCGGCAAGCGCAACCUGAUCGAUGUCACCAUGCAAAACGGCACCGUUCAGGCCGCCAAGAACACCACCGUGGAAGGGCUCUCCUUCGGACAGUCGGCUGGCCUCAAAGACGACCUCGACGUGGACGAUAACGACGUCGGCGAGAAGAAGAGGCAAGCCUUCCUCGACCUGCUGAUGGAAGCCGGUCAGAAAGGCUCCGUGCUUACGGAUGAAGAAGUUAAGGAGCAAGUCGACACUAUUAUGUUCGAGGGACACGACACAACUGCGGCCGCGUCGAGCUUCUUCCUAUCGGUGAUGGGUUGCCACCUGGACAUUCAGGAGAAAGUUAUCCAGGAACUCGACGAAAUCUUCGGCGACAGCGACAGACCCGCGACCUUCCAAGAUACGCUGGAGAUGAAGUAUCUCGAGCGGUGUCUCAUGGAGACUCUCCGCAUAUAUCCGCCUGUGCCGGUUAUCGCACGGAACAUCGACAAGGACUUGAAACUCGCAUCGGGAGACUACACGAUCCCGGCCGGCAGCACGGUCGUGGUGACUACUUUCAAGAUGCACCGCCAGCCACACCUGUACCCGAACCCGGAGGUCUUCAACCCCGACAACUUCCUGCCCGAAAAGACCGCCAACCGCCACUACUACGCCUUCGUGCCGUUCUCCGCCGGGCCACGCUCCUGCGUGGGCCGCAAGUACGCCAUGCUCAAGCUCAAAAUCAUCCUGUCCACGAUCAUGAGGAACUUCCGCGUCAAGUCCGACAUCUUGGAGUCCGACUUCAGGCUUCAAGCCGACAUCAUCCUCAAGCGAGCCGAGGGCUUCAAAAUCAGACUGCAGCCGAGGAAACUGGCGGCCACGGCGACCGCUUAGGCUCUUCGGCUCGACUUCAAAGGUGUCAUUAGUGCGAAGAGUAAACGGUGGUAGAGAAUAGCAGCGACGAGAAGGCGCGAAUCGCGUGUUUGAAGCUUCGAGUCGGAGCGGAGACCAGAGUGUCGGAAGGAUCGCACAUCGACUUUUUCCUUGAUGAGUAUCUGAACGGAGUAGAUAUGAGGGCAAGGUUUAAUUAGCAUUUAGAAACCCUUUGCCUUCAUUGACAGCGCAUGCUCCGUGCAGACAUUCAAGUCGAUGGGGAUGGCGUCUCGCCCGAGAAGAAUAAAACAAACGCGUCGGAUCGCGUCUGCGCGAAUGUGUAUUAGACAUUGUAUAGACCGGUCCGUGGUCGUUGAUCGUUUUAAGACACGUAGCCUUUACACCCUGAUUACUUACGUUGAUAUUUAUCGUCUCGCAAUAAAUUAUGCGGCGCGAAUGCCGCGAAAUCUGA